CCCCCCCCCCUGCGGAUUUCGGACGGCUACCGACAGGCUGAUGUGGCCUUGGAGGGGCUGCGGCGCUCGCGCUCUGUGUCGUCCACGCUUUCAAGUCUCCGGGGAGCCUGGGGACGGCCACGCAGGUCUGGAUCGUGUCCACGACGGACGCUCAAGCUGCGGAGAGCGCUUGCAAUAGCCAGGGCCGGGCCCUAAGCCGUCUCCAGGGUAUUUCCUUGACCCUGUUGUGGGAGUUUGGUGUCUGCCGGUGUGCUACGUAGUGAGAGCACACAUGCCGAUCGGAUUCCUGUUCAAAUGGCAGAAGGCAACGACGGCCCGGGAGAGCUUCUUGAGGUGUGCGUUGCUUGGCCUUGUUGUCAUGUCGGGCAGAAGGACGGAAAGCAACGGCCAGCUCCAGGCCGUCGUGGGCUACUUCCAGCACCGGUUCUGCUCAUUGAGCUAUCAUGCUGCAGCCAGUCACCCGAGAUCCCGCGUGAAGUUCAAAGUCUCCGGUGUUCGUCUCUUUGCAUGAGCCGAGCCUGCGGGCUUGUGCCAUCAUCGAGAGAAGCUCCAGAUUCGCCAGUGACGUGCUUCUCGUGGAGUCACCGCACUGCGCGUUCUGAAGUCCAAACUCUCCUCAUUAGUCGUGAUCGGCAGGUGAGACGCGAGACUGCCACGACCAAUCUUCGGCCACUCCCAGACGUGACGGAUGUUCCUGGCACGCCACUCCUCGAACCGCCAACAUGUCUUUGGAUACAUGGGCAGCAUUCAUGAACAGACUCCAGCAGGGAGUCCUACAAGGCGUCGC